AUAGUAGGUGUUUACUGCAGAGUGAAAAUAGUAACAAAAAGAUUCAGUCAUGUUCUUUGUAAUACUUUUAAUAGUUGAAUUUGCCAAUCCCAUAGGGUAAAAUAUGUCAAUCCUAAGGCAAAAAGAGAGAAUUUGUAAUGAAUGCAUACACUGUAAGGCACUGAAGUAAUUUUUAACUUAAUCAGUUAAUAUAUUAAGUACCUUUAACAUAUAAGGCAGUUAACUUUCUUUUUUUUCUCAUAAACCCCAUUUGAGUGAAUUAAUUUCACAUUGUCCAUUUCUUUGGGAUAAACUAGAGUUUCACUGUGUGUAACACAAUACCUUUAUGUUACAAAGUGAAGAUCCCAUGGUUUUGGCUGAAAUGUUGCUGCAUUACAACUGUGUCUUGCCUAGGGCCCUCUGCAUAGGAGAAUAUUCCUUUAACAAAAUAAAUCACUAAAAGACUAUAGCACACAUGCUGGAACCAUUCUUCUAUAUCUCCGACUACUGUUCUUGCCAAAAGUGUUAAAAAAGAGGCUCAGUGGAUAAAAGAUUCUAUUUGUGUGAGACCUCCUGCUUUGCAAUGGUUUCAGAAAGAAAAAAAAAUUGUGCUACGUUCACUGGCUCUUUAAUUCGGAUUGCCAAUGAUAAUGCAGAGUCUACGCUGAAGAGAGGUAGCAUACAGAAGCAGAAACAUUAGUGCUAAUCUGCUGCAGAAGGACGAGAUAAAUCAGCACAGCUCUCAUACAUCACUGAGAGAGAAGCUGAUUGCAACUUGACCAUGUGCCUAAGUGGUCACAUCAGCAACAAGAACGGAGCAUGGAUAAAAAACCUAAAAUGUAUCCGUAGGGCUACUUGCUGUGCACGACCUAUAAUAACACAUCAAUAAUAGUACAUCUUCCACUUGAAGUUGAAAGUCUGACGUCUGUUAUCUCUGUUGGUGGCAAAAGGAAGCUGUAUUACCCCAAGAAGAGGCCUUUCAAGUUCCAUGAUAGUGGAGAGAGUUAACUUCUGAAUUGGUGCAAUGAGUAUACUGUGUCCCCAUCCCAAAGCUUAUGAAAUCUGCUGGCCAGGAAAAGGAAUGACAUGGGUUUCCAUCCUCCUGCUCCUCCUAGUCCUUUCUGGGUUUAGUCACUUCUGAUAAAAAAAGAGGCACAACUUUGCAAGUAUCCCAAGAGACCUAAGAACUGUAGGUCUUUAAAGCAUGCAUAAAAAGCUUCCAUCUCACUAUAUGCAUGCAGGCCUAAGAGCUCAUUGAUUUGUUCCACAAGUUCAAUAAUCACUAAUCCAUCUACGGAAUUGCAUCUGGAAUACUCAAAACCAAUUUCUGGCAUAAAAUGCUAACUCACAAGCUACAGUGUAUAAAGCAACCCUGAUCAACAGCAUCAGGUGCUGCCAGACGUAUGCUUAAAAGAUUAUGGUAAGUGACUUUGACCUCAGACAGUGUAGCACAUGCUGUGAAGAGAAUACAUUUGUAACUGUCUCAACAAAGUGAUCUCUCAUCCAAAUAUCAUUGUCUUCCAGGGAAACAGGGAAUCUCUGAAAGGAGGGAAAAAAAACCUGUAAAUUAACUCUUAACAGCAAUAGUAUCAAUUACAGCUUUUAUGAAAAACAAACUAUACCUUGAUUGGGUCCUCUACGAAAUUUUGGAUCCUCUAUUGAAAACCAUUAAAAAAUUAUAAGCUACUGAGGAAGAUCGCACUUGAAAGGAGUUUUCUUGGUAUCUCUCCUUCUAGUUUUUACAUCGUCUUUCCAGCCUUUCUAAAUGUUGUCUAUGAAGUGGAUUUCUUCCAGAGCAUCGUGAGCUGCGUGGUAUCAGGCUACUGGGGCACACACUGCAGUGAUCUCAAACAGGUAGAUCCUAAGGACAACCACUCAUCUGAUCUUUCAGUCUUUUUAAAGAAAGACAUGUAAUAGUGAAGGUGUGUUUAAAAAGGGGAUCAUUCAGACUGAUGCCUAAAACUCUGCUAUUCACUGAAAAUCAUAGACUCCUGAUUAGGUUGUCAGUAUUUUGUGAAGUUUUGUGAAGCUUUUAACAGUUUUUAUUGCCUCUUUGAUUAUCCUGGAAAAUAAAUAGUUACAUAUUGGAUAACCAUAUGGAUGAUGUGUUAGUGUAUUUAAAGAAGAUUGCUCAGAUGGCUCAGAGCCCAUAGUGGCAGUGCCAGGAUUUUUAUGCACUGAAAAGCUAAACAAAUAACUACAAGAUGGAGGGAACAAUCACUGAAAGGAAAAGUGAGCAAUAAAAUGUAGAAUUCAUCUUUGCCAUCAGUGACAGAGAUUAAGGCCAUGGGAGAAGUUAUAGUGUAACUUCUCAUACUAUACUUGGGCUGUGUCCCAGUUAGCUUUCCAGCUUCAGCAGGGAAAGUCGUAUGGGGUGGUUGUUCCUUGUUCCCAGUCAACAGUACUGGGCUGCCAGUGAUCUUUUUAAAAGUCCAAGUUUCUAUCUCACUUUGUUUCCUCAAUGACUCCAGUUGAGCUUCCAGCAGAAGGGAUGGAGAAUCAGGUUGCACUUCUCACCACAAACCAUACAAACCCCAUUUCUCAGCAUACCAAUGUACCAUAAUUACUUCUUACGAUAACAAGGCCAUUGAAUAACCUGGCAUGAUUUUCCUGGGACAGAUGAUGAGUGGUGGGAGGAAGGAAGGAAGCAGAAAGAAAGGUGUGAGGGAUAAUAGAAGGAAAAUUCUUGAGCGACUGAGUAAUUUCUUUAGGAAGACAUUUCCCAUAUUUUUUGUUCAGUGCUUGAAUGCUGCUCAUGCAAUAUAUACAAAUAUUCUCAGUCUCUUCAAGUGAAAAAGGACCCUGUAAUCCAAGUCCACUCACUGAACUGUAAUUGUAACCUCACUGAAGGAAAGGAACAGUUUGAAAGACUGACUCUUUCAUAUUUUAGUCAGGAUUUAUCAUGAUCUCUAAAGCACAUAAUUCUCAUAACAGGAAAGCUUCAGUUGUUUUAAACCCUGGCAAUUUUUCAUUUGAGAAAUACCCAGGCAGCAAGCCUUCUCUCAGAUGAGAUAGAGUGGGCUGUUUUAUAUCAGGAGCUGCAUUUCCUACUUUGCUUCAUCUGCCAGAAAUUCUCUUGCCAGAAACUCUGUCAUUUCAGUUUUUAUCUGUUUUUGAGGGGAAGUUAGUUAACCAUCUCAGUAGCACCACCAUCACUACAAAAAUAUCUGCAGAUAGUGAAAGGCUAUGGAAAACUGAUAAUUGUACACAAAUGCAUAAUUUUCCCCAGGCCAUGAUAAGUGAUGAUAAAAUUGCCAGCUCCAUUUUACAGAGGAGAGGAUUGUGGUAUGGAUAUACUUUAAUAUUAAAGUAAUCUGUGGACAAUUCUGAAACAACAAGGCAAAUAUGUCUGGUCCAUACCUGUUACUACUUUUUCUGUGUUGGUAUAUAAUUCAUAAAAUGUUACAGCCAGUAAGUACCAUGUUCUGGUACUGGAUCUGUGUUGUCGAAGGAACACACUAACACCAGUUAGAUUUUUCAAUGUCUUAAAAAAAUUAAAUGUAAUAAUGAAAAUUUUCAUCAUUUGGCUACAGCAGUCAGAGCUUUGCCCUUUUCAAUUAGAUUAUAUGAGCAGACCAGACAGACCUCAUUGGGACAGCCCUUGCAUGCAUUUGAUGGAGAAUUUGACCAAAAGUGUUUGACAUCCAAACAAGCUGAAAGCUUAAACACACGAGACAAUUUUUUUAAUACUAUGUGAUGAGAGUAUUGUUGAUUGUUAAUUUAUAGAGAGUAUUUGAAUAUAAGUGUGGAGCUAAGCUUGCUGAGACUUCGUAUGUGGUGCUCGGCAGUCAGAUACCUCGGUUUCUUACAUUGCUAGUUAUGUCAAGAAUUACUCCUGUAGUGCAUGGCAUUAUUCCAGAUUGUAUCUCAGUCAAAUGGAUUAUUCUUCGGUGCAGGGCUUUUCUAGGGAAGAUAAUAUCCAGCGUCCAGAUUUGAAGGCUCCAUUGGAGUUUUACAGAGUGCACCUGAGAAGAACGGUCAAUUCUUUUUUUGCUCAAAGCCUGUAAUGUGUUUGCUGUCUGUUCCAAGAGGCAGUCAGAGAAUGUUUGCAAAGGGAGUUUGUGGGUGUGGAUUAAAAAAAGUAACUGAAGAGAGACUGUGGCACAGAAUUAAAUAAUACUUGAUGCAUCACUUGUUUUUGUUUUUUUUUAACUUCAAAUUAAGAUCUGUAUUGUGCUAAUAACUGCAUGGCAAUAGUGACUAAAAUUAUUAUUAUCCUUGUUGUACAUGCAUUAUAACCAAUCCUUAAAGUGCCUAGAACCUAUCCCACUGCUGUACAUUUUUACAGUAGUGAUGAUAGUAGUGGUAGUGGAGUGAGGUGUUGCAAAACAAGGCGGUUGAGCAGGUGUGAAGAACAGACCUUCUGAAAGAACAGAAACACUGCAAGAGUAACAGGAAGCUGUUAAUGCAGUAUAGCUUUCACUUCAAAUAUAGAGAGCAAGUGAUCAGAAGUACAAGCCUACUUGUAUUCUUUAUUAUCUGAGAAUAUUUGUUCCCGUUGAACUCAGUCUUGAAGGCACUGGUCCUGCUUUUCACUCCGAUGUGCUCUCCGUAAUUGACUGUAUUUUUAUUCAUAUAUGUACAUAAAGUCCUGCAAAUACUGUAAGCACAAAAAUUUGGUGUAGAAAGAAUUUUAUUAAAAACUAGAUGUUAGUGUUCCAAAGGAGACGAGAGGAUCUCCUGGGAUUACUGAGUAGAUGGGAGGAGUUGAUUGCCUCAGGCAUAGCCCAGGGCCAUUAAUUACAGCUAGUCAUUAAUUCUCCCGUAAUGUCCUGUGCUGAUGCCUGUUACAAUGCAGAAAUAGGAAGCUGGCUGACCUGUGGACUUUCAUCAGUUAUGUUAUUCUUAUAAUUAUUACUUAUAUUUCUAAAUGCUUAUCACUGUAAGUGUUCAUCAGAGUUUCAGCUUGUAACCUUCAUGUCUUUCCAGAGAGUUCAUGUUUUGCUUGUUACUCACAGGAAGCCUUUAAAUAGCGCUUGAAAACACUAUAGCCUUUAUGAGGUAUGCUCUGUAUAUUGAAUCCUGGGAAAGUAAAAUUGAUAUAGAUACUCCCUAAAGAUAAUCAGUGUACCUAUUUUCAUAUCUAGAGAAAAUGAAAAUUGAAUAUAUGGUUCCCUUACUCUGUGGUUGCCAUAUAAGGUAAAGUGCAGUCUAAAUUCUAAGGAUCAAAAACUAAAGAUCUAGUUUUUGGAUUGGUUUUGAAAAGAAAAAAGCCCUGAAAUUUUAAUGAGUUUAUUUCAGUUCCUGAAGAAGUGCUAAUAAAGGACAGAAUAGUUAUAAUGUAGGAGAAUAGAAACCAACUAUAUAAUAUAAACCAAUAUAAAAAAACUUUCAUCAUAUGCUGUUUACAUGCGUGCUCAUGUACUCAGCACUGCACAAUGAAAGCAUUGCUGGACUGGUUGUAAAGUGCAGCACGCAGCUUAGCAGAUCAUGUGAACACACAUGACUCUAAGCAGCACAGAGUUUAGGUAGCAAAUAGCAGCUGUGAGAAUUUCCGGAUUGCUAGACUUGCAUGUCUGUUUAAAUCAUCUUAAAAUGUUUUUCUCGAGAAGAAAGUUAUUCAUCUGACCUUUUACAUAGAGUCCUUCUUUGUCAGGGAUCCCAAAGUGUUUUACAGAUGCAGAGAUUUAGCACUGACAUGCACAUGUCAGAGGAAAAAUUAACAGACUGACUGCACCAUGGUUGCACAGAAGUUUGGCCGUGCAGAAAUAUGACUACUGAUGGGCUUCACGACUGAGAGGCAUCCAGCAGCACUGCAUAGCACCCCAGUCGGGAAGCUUGAGAUACUUAGCUGAAGAUAUAGAAAUAUCGACAGUAUAUGUCUGGACUUCUCACUCCUCCUUAUGGUGUUAUGGAAACUGGCUCCAACAAUGACAGAAUGCCAGAUAAAGACAGUAUGUCGAACAGUGCUCUUUGCCAAGUUUCUAAAAAUUGUAAUAAGACACCUCUUAUUGAUCCUCACAUCCCACAUCAUCCUACUAAAACCAUUACACAGGUUCCUUCAGAAAAGAUCCUUAGAGCUGGAAAGAUUUUGCGAAAUACAAUUCUGUCCCGAGCUCCUCACAUGAUAAGAGAUCGUAAAUACCAUCUGAAGACUUACAGGCAAUGCUGUGUGGGGACAGAGCUAGUUGACUGGAUGAUGCAACAAAGUUCUUGUGUCCAUUUACGAACCCAGGCUGUUGGCAUGUGGCAAGUGCUGCUGGAAGAAGGUGUUCUUAACCAUGUGGAUCAGGAACACCACUUUCAAGACAAAUACUUAUUCUAUCGAUUUUUGGAUGAUGAGCGUGAAGAUGCCCCUUUGCCAACUGAGGAGGAGAAAAAGGAGUGUGAUGAGGAGCUACAGGAUACUAUGCUGCUUCUCUCUCAGAUUGGGCCAGAUGCUCAUAUGAGGAUGAUUCUCAGGAAACCCCCUGGCCAGAGAACUGUAGAUGACUUAGAAUUUAUAUAUGAAGAACUUCUCCACAUUAAGGCCUUAUCUCACCUUUCUACCACAGUAAAACGGGAAUUAGCAGGUGUUCUCAUUUUUGAGUCACAUCCCAAAGCAGGAACAGUCUUAUUUAAUCAGGGAGAAGAAGGUACUUCUUGGUACAUUAUCCUAAAGGGAUCAGUAAACGUAGUCAUUUAUGGCAAGGGUGUGGUAUGUACUCUACAUGAAGGAGAUGAUUUUGGCAAGUUAGCACUUGUGAAUGAUGCUCCCAGAGCAGCAUCCAUUGUUCUGCGGGAAGACAACUGCCACUUCUUGAGAGUAGAUAAGGAAGACUUCAACAGGAUCCUGAGGGAUGUGGAAGCAAAUACAGUAAGACUCAAAGAACAUGACCAAGAUGUCUUGGUGUUGGAGAAGAUCCCAGCAGGAAACAGAAUUUCUAAUCAAGGAAAUUCACAGCCGCAGCACAAGUACAUUGUGAUGUCAGGAACCCCAGAGAAAAUUUUGGAGCACUUUCUAGAAACUAUGCGCCUUGAAGCAACUUUAAAUGAAGCAACGGAUUCUGUUUUAAACGAUUUUAUUAUGAUGCACUGUGUUUUUAUGCCAAAUAGUCAGCUCUGCCCAGCCUUGAUGGCACACUAUCAUGCCCAGCCUUCUCAGGGUACAGAGCAGGAGAAAAUGGAUUAUGCCCUCAACAAUAAACGGCGAGUCAUUCGGCUGGUUCUGCAGUGGGCCGCUUUAUAUGGAGAUUUGCUACAAGAAGAUGAAGUAGCAAUGGCCUUUCUGGAGGAAUUUUAUGUAUCUGUAUCAGAUGAUACCAGAAUGAUUGCAGCACUAAAGGAGCAACUUCCAGAGCUAGAGAAAAUUGUAAAGCAAAUUUCUGAAGAACCUAAAGCACCACAAAAAAAGCACAAAGUUCUUCUGCAGCUGUUCAACACAAGUGAUGACAGAGCACAGAAACGCCAGCCUAUCAGGGGCAGUGAUGAAGUUCUGUUUAAGGUGUACUGCAUAGACCAAACCUACACCACUAUCCGUGUGCCGGUGUCAUCUUCUGUGAAGGAAGUGAUCGGUGCAGUAGCAGACAAGCUGGGCUCUGGAGAAGGCCUCAUCAUAGUAAAGAUGAGUUCAGGAGGAGAAAAGGUUGUGCUCAAGCCUCACGAUGUUUCGGUGUUCACCACUCUGAGCGUUAACGGCCGGCUGUUUGCGUGCCCUCGGGAUCAGUUCGAUUCCUUGGCACCAUUGCCAGAACAAGAAGGACCAUCUACUGGUACAGUAGGAACAUUUGAACUGAUGAGUUCCAAAGACUUAGCACAUCAGAUGACAAUUUAUGACUGGGAGCUCUUCAACUGUGUACAUGAGCUGGAAUUGAUCUAUCACACUUUUGGAAGGCACAACUUUAAAAAGACCACAGCAAAUCUGGACUUGUUUUUAAGAAGAUUCAAUGAAAUUCAGUUCUGGGUGGUCACCGAGAUUUGUCUUUGCUCUCAACUCAGCAAGCGUGUUCAGCUGUUAAAGAAAUACAUUAAGAUAGCAGCCCACUGUAAAGAAUACAAAAAUCUGAAUUCCUUUUUCGCUAUUAUUAUGGGACUGAGUAAUGUUGCUGUGAGCCGUCUCUCAUUAACGUGGGAGAAACUCCCAAGCAAGUUCAAGAAGAUCUAUGCAGAGUUUGAAAGCUUAAUGGAUCCAUCAAGAAACCAUAGGGCCUACAGACUAACUGUAGCUAAAUUGGACCCUCCAAUAAUUCCUUUCAUGCCACUGCUUAUAAAAGACAUGACGUUUACUCAUGAGGGAAACAAGACAUUUACUGACAAUCUAGUCAACUUCGAAAAAAUGCGCAUGAUUGCCAACACUGUCAGGACAGUGAAAUUCUGCCGAAGCCAAUCUUUCAAUCCUGAUGCAGCCCUAACUAAUAAAAACCAUCAGGAUGUUCGGAGCUACGUGCGGCAAUUAAAUGUGAUUGACAACCAGAGAACUUUAUCACAGAUGUCUCACCGACUGGAACCGCGCCGAGCAUAAACAUUUCAAGCAAUGAUGAGAAACGAUCUUUUAUCCUCUCAAGGUCACUUGUUAAGAACUUCACUUUCUCUGCUACUGCACUGCCACUACAAAAAUAAGCAAAAACAUACCAUAAGGUCUUAGGCAACGCACAAUGUACCAGCCUGCCGGAGAACUUUGGCUGAGGAAGAAUUUAUGCACUGUAGGCCUGUGGGUGGCCAUGUUGUGAACUGUUAAUUCAUCCUAAAGUGUAGUAUGUGAUAUCUCAUACAGAUUUAAAAAAAGGCAAAAGAUAGAAUAGUUAGUGGGAAAUGCACAAAAACUUAUAACAGUUCUAAGGUAGAUAGUGGGUUUUUCUCCCUAAUUAAGAAUCUGUAUUUUAUGAUUUGUGCUUCAGGUCAGGACCAAAACUGAUCGUCAGUUUAGCUUGCUCAGCUACUCUUGACCUCAGUAGAAGAUGGACGUGAGGAUCUGAUGAAAUAAUGUAGGUUCAAGAGCGGUCCAAGGUAUAGCUCCAUUCAGAGAAGACUUACAAAUAUUUCCAUUUUAAAUACAACAAAUACUAAGAAAAAAUCCUAGUCUUAAUCAUACUGUCUACUACUACAAGCAGUGUGGCCAUUUCAGAAAAUUGAUAGGACUGAAAAUAUUUUGAAUGAUAAACAGAUUAAUCAGUGUUUACAUUUUACUUCCUUCUCUUUAAAUUACCAAUCAGGUUUUUACAAAAUUCAGUUAAAAAGUAAGGUCAUCAAAAUUAAUAGCAUUAAAGGUAGCAAAGGACUGGUUCAAAAAGAGCACAAUAUGCACAAAUGGAUUUCAAGAUAAUAUUUUCCUGGACAUUAAAACCUUAAAGUUCAGCUAGAAUUAAUCGUGGCUGGUUAACACAUUUUCUGGUCUUACACAUUUACAAAUAUCUUAAUUUUCAGCCAAUUGUUUGCACUUUCAAUAGACUGUAAAUAAAUGUCAAUUCAUUAUGUUCUACAAUAUUUAUUUAUGUUAUAGUUAUUGUGCCAAAAUAAUUCUGGUUUAUUUAUUUUGUUAAGCAUGUUAUGAGAGUACAGCUUUUGUCUUCGCACUCCGUGCACUCCGUGCAUUUACAUGUAGAAGUUGUGUGAUCUAUCUUUUCUGUAAAUAACAUGCAGUACCUUAUUAAAUGUAAUUGCUGGAAA